UCCAGAUUUUAUUACUCAACUUGAAAUACUAUUAUUACAAAAAUGUGAGAAUAACACCCCUUACCACAGUAACCAGAUAGUUUCGUUCCUCAAAAAUGGCUACUACCAUGAAGACAGUGGCGGUUGAAGAUGUCAAUGUUACUUUUGAAGACCAACAGAAGAUAAACAAGUUUGCAAGAAGCACAAACCGGAUGACUGAACUGAAAGAUGAAAUAGAAGCUAAAAAAAAGUCUUUACAGAAUUUGGAGGAUGCAAGUGAUGACAUCAUGAUGCUGGAUGAUGACUCCUUACGGAUCCCUUAUCAAAUCGGGGAUGUUUUCAUUAGUCACACCCAAGACGAAACGCAAGAGAUGUUAGAAGCUGCAAAGGAAGCACUGAACAGGGAGAUAAAAGGGCUAGAGGGCCAGGUCUCCUCCAUUCAGCAAGUCCUAUCUGAUCUGAAGGUUCAGCUCUAUGCCAAGUUCGGGAACAACAUUAACCUGGAGGCAGACGAGAGCUGAAGCUGCAGUAUAUGGACAUGAUUUCACACACACUCCGUGUGUAAGAGACGUUACAGUCGUUUGGAAGUGCGCUACAUUGCCUUACACAGUGUCUGUUUUUUCUUUUUGGAAAUAGCCCAUUUCAUCCUCCUUUCGGAAUGAAACCGUUCACUUGCUUUUGGAAUUGAUUUCUUUUUUUUUUUUUACUGUCAAAGCCGCAGAGAAUCUUAAUGAUUAAAUGUGUUAAUAUAUGUGUUAUGUGUGCACACAUGUACGGGGGACAAAGUGGAAAUGAAAAAGCGCUGAAAUAAAGAAUGAAAUUAA